AUGCCGACAGUCAGCGUGAAGAGAGAUCUGCUCUUUGAAGCUCUGGGACAGAAAUACAGUAAGUGUGGUCUCGUCAGGGGUCUGCAGGUCUUCAAGGAGAAGUUGGAAGCUCCUCGGUACAAGCGUGUGAGUCCGGCGGACGGAGGAGAGCCUCAGCGGCUGGUCAUAACCGAGGAGACGGCGUCUGUGAGGCCGCACGCUGUAGCAGCUGUACUGCGCGACGUCACCUUCACUCAGGAACGAUACGAGAGCUUCAUUGAGCUGCAGGAGAAGCUGCACCAGAACAUCAGGAAAAGGACCCUGGUUGCCAUAGGAACUCAUGAUUUGGACACCAUCUCCGGUCCGUUCACUUACACAGCCAAACCACCUGGCGAUAUCCGCUUCAAACCGCUCAAUCAGAGCAAAGAGUACACCGCCACUGAGCUCAUGAGUCUCUAUAAGACUGACGGUCAUCUGAGACACUACCUCCACAUCAUCGAGAAUGAACCUCUCUACCCCAUCAUAUACGACAGUAAUGGAAUCGUCCUGUCUAUGCCUCCAAUCAUCAACGGGGACCACAGCAAAAUCUCAUUAAACACAAAGAACAUUUUCAUUGAGUGCACGGCCACAGACCUCACAAAGGCGAAGACCACGCUGGACAUGGUAGUGACCAUGUUUAGUGAAUACUGUGAGGAACCGUUCACGGUUGAGGAGGCAGAGGUUGUUUAUCCUGACGGCAGAUUGUGUGUGUAUCCUGAGCUGGCGUACAGGACGGAGACGCUGUCUGGGGACUUCAUCAACAAAAGAGUUGGGAUCAAUGAAUCGGCAGAAAGCAUCGCUCAGCUGCUGACCCGGAUGUGUUUGAGGUCAGAGGUCAGCGGUGAGGGCGAUCUGAUCCAGGUUGAGAUCCCGCCCACGCGUGCUGAUGUCAUCCACGCCUGUGACAUCAUGGAGGAUGCCGCCAUAGCAUACGGCUUCAACAACAUCGUCAGGAGCACGCCGCGCACGUACACCGUAGCCAAUCAGCUCCCUCUAAAUAAGCUGACAGAGUUACUGAGGCAAGACCUCGCGGCCGCUGGGUUUACUGAAGCACUGACAUUCGCUCUGUGCUCAGAAGAAGAUAUCGCAGAUAAACUCAGGAAAAACAUCGCAGAAACCAGAGCAGUCCACAUCUCCAACCCAAAGACCACUGAGUUUCAGGUGGCGCGCACCUGUCUUCUUCCCGGACUACUGAAGACGCUCGCUGCCAACAGGAAGAUGCCCCUUCCUCUCAAACUGUUCGAGAUUUCAGACGUCGUCCUGAAGGAUGAAACAAAAGACGUAGGAGCCCGUAACAACAGGCGCUUGCCCCAAAUUAAAGGGCACUACAUAGUAAAACAUUUUUAA